CACUUAUGCUAUCGCUCAUGCAGAAUGCCAUCCACAUAUCUAUGCCGGCGGUAUUCGCUGUUAGACCCAUCAUUGGGAAGGCGCCCCGCCUGUUUACUCAGCGCCAUGAUCCUAGGCUAAGGUAUCAUGCAAAAGUAUGGACAGCCUGGAUCAAGUCCGGCCUCGUGAUAUCAAGGCUUGUGUGGAGUCUAUCUUGAGAAAAGGCCAGGGAGCUUAUUGUCCCAAGUGGCUCUAUGUCCUUCAGUUGUGUCAGUCGAAGCCAUUUCUUUGUUUGUGGUCCUGCUCAAACGCCGAGCGACAACGCAGUCGUUUGUCCUCGGGCAGUCAAAAGACUGCCUUCUUUGUCGCUUCGAACGACGUGACAAGGCAAUGUCACUAUGCCUUUUAGGAACGGUGAGAUCUGCUGCUUAUGACCCUCUAUCUUUUAUCUGUUCUUCUAGACAUAUACCAGUUCUUUGGACAAAGAGACUACGCACAUCCGAAUGCUUCAUACUGCACGACAAUCACCUCAAUCACCUCAAUCACCAAUCAACCGACAAGCCGGCCCAUCAUGGUUCAACUUUACACAACGCUGGUCGUCGUCAUCCUCCUGGGAGUAUCUAACGCUCAGAACGGGACCUCUAACUCGCCCUACCAGCUCGUCAAGAACUACACGAGCGAGAACUUUUUUCAGAGCUUCGAUUUCUUUUCUGGGCCAGACCCAAGCAAUAGUUUCGUCACUUAUCUCGACUUGGACACAGCGAACGAUGCCGGAUUGGCCGGCUAUAUCUCCAGUUCGGCACUGAACGAUAGCUACGCAGUCUUUCUGGGAACUGAUUUCAAAAAUGUUACUCCUGAUGGCCGACCAUCCGUGCGCGUUCAAGGUAGAGAUUGGUUCAAUCAUUCUUUGAUCGUAGCAGACAUCAUGCAUAUGCCCUCGGGCUGUGGCACCUGGCCCGCAUUCUGGCUGCUUGGUCAGGGCGCUCCAUGGCCACGUCGAGGCGAAGUUGACAUCAUCGAGGGCAUUAACAAUAAUUCGGUCAACACUCUAGCACUGCAUAGCGACGCCGGAGUUUCUGUUGCGAACUUGACCAGCCUGCGACAUGGUAAUCACAGCGCUAUGACGGGAACUUUCACCAGUCUCGAUUGCGAUGUUGGCUCGAGCAACGUUGGCUGUGCUGCGACGGGCUCACCCGAAAGCUAUGGUGCAGAUUUCAAUGCUCAAGGUGGACGUGUCGUGGUCACUGAAAUUUCCGCCGACGUCAUACAAAUUUGGAGCUUCGAACGCGACAACAUCCCGCAGGAUCUAUCGGAGGGAUUGCCUAAUCCACAUCAUGAGGCAAACGGAAGUAGCUGGGGCGCCCCGGAGGUGAAGUUUGUCAACAAUGGCAACGAUACUUUCGAUGACCAUUUCAUCAACCUCCAGCCAAUCUUUAACACAGCCUUUUGCGGAAGUUGGGUUGAGGCCUUCUGGCACACAAGUGAGUGUUCUUCACUGGCACCUACCUGCGAGUCAUACGUGGCCAACAAUCCGGCUGCUUUCGUGGAUGCGUAUUGGGCGAUCGGCGGACUUCAAGUCUAUGAGCCAAAUGGCAACUAUACCUCGGGAUAUAGCGGGCCGGAGCUGGGGAGAUUGUUAAAUCAUCGUCGUCACCAUCCUCGUACAGUCAAAGGGUAUUGAGACAAGGGAGAUUGGACACAGCAAGAAACAGCAUGACCAGAUGAAAAUAGCUAGGUAGUUGUACUCAAUAUCAGUUUGGUGCCGCCGGCGGCCCAACUGUGUAUUGCAUGAUUAUACGAAUAGUUGACUAAAAGUUCGAUAUCCAGCACUAAAUAGAAACACACUCCCGCC